AUGGGUUGUCUCCCUCCCGACGAUUUGGGGCCGUUUGUUUCAGACCAUGUUGAUGUUAACGAGGCGGAGCCUGUUCCCCUGAGUGACGAGGACCUCGAUCUACUUGUGCGGUACUCCCUUCUCCCCACUGAUGUCGUGAGAGAAGCGUGGGCCGUCUUCAACCACUACCGUGUAGUAGAGUGCCUCCGGGCCCAGCAGCGCCAUUACGCUAUGACAGGUCAUUUACCACAGAAGUCAACGGUGUCCAUGUCAGCGAGGCCGUUUCCGGUGGCGGAAUGUGGUGGGAAGCUCUUCACAACUCCGGUUAGGGCCGCCAGUGGCGAUUGCAACGCGGUGAAAGAGGAGGAGAAGGCUCCAGUUAGUCCGAGAGAUUGUGUGACCGGUGAAAAUUCAGAAUGCAGAAAGGAGGAAGUGGAGGUGGCGGUUUUGGGCGCGGAAGGCCUCCGGCAAUUCUUUGAGGAUACCGGAGCGCCGAUCCCCACGCUUGAGGUGACUUCCUUUCUUCGGCGGAUGUCACAGCCCCCUGUAGAGUACUUGCUGUACCAGCGUGCACUGGAAGAGAAACUGACUGGCGCUGCAGCAGCUGCUGCACCUCCCAGAGAGGAAUCGCCAGGGGUUGGCCAAAGAAAAAAGUCUCCACAAACUGAUCAAUCGAAGCACAACAAAGGCCAAAGUGUAGGGCGUGGUCAACGACCGAAUAACAACACGAAAUCGCUGAAUAUUCUCGUUGAUGACCACAUCGACCUGUUGGAGGAACAGAGGGGUUCUGGAGGGGAAACGGUGACAUUUCCGCUUUUCCUCUACAUCUUGUCGAAUGCUGAGUUGGGAAAAAAUUUCACCGCUGAUGUCCGCGAGAGUGAAAUAAAUACCUUGUUUCGGACAUUAGACGUGGAUGGUGAUGGCGUUGUUUCCGUGGACGAUAUCCAACGGCUACUGGAAGAGCGGUGCUCACUUGGAGACACGUUGUAUGAGGACCGUGACAUUCGGUACCUGCGAGGAAUGAACCUAACUGAGCUGAAGGCUGCGCUGCGGGAGUGCGAUGUUGACGAGGACGGGGCGGUGAGACUAAACGACUUUCGCUCAGUUUUGAGUUCGUGA